UACUAUUAGGCCGAGGCCCAAACAUACGCAUGUAGCUCCAGUCACAUCAAUUCUAAUAGUAAUCCCUGCACAGUUUGGCCCACAAAACGGGGAUAAAAUGACAUAUAUGUACCACCAAUUUUAGGCAAAAUGACCUAACUGGCCUAAUUGAAGAAAAUAUCAAAAUAUCCGUCACCGGUGUAUAAAUAAAAGAACAAUUUUGACCUCAAGAAUCAAAUUAGACAGUGAAGGAGCGAGAAUGGCUUCCCAUUCUGAAGAAGGAGCCUCGUCCUUAGCCUCACAAAUCUGCAACCACAUAGCCUCCAUAUUCUCCAGGCCCACCAAACCCUACUCACCACCCUUGGACCUACUGGUCAGCGAGCUCGCCGCCGCCGCUGCUCGAAACGGCACUGUUUUCCUCUACGGCGUUGGCCGUGAGGGCCUCAUGCUCAAAGCUCUCUGCAUGCGCCUCGCCCAUCUCGGCCUCUCCACUCACUUCGUCUUCGACAUGACCACGCCUCCCAUAACCUCUGGUGACCUCCUCAUCGCCUCCGCCGGUCCUGGCGGCUUCUCCACCGUCGACGCCAUCUGCUCCGUCGCGCGAUCCUACGGCGGAAGAGUGUUGUUGCUGACGGCCCAGCCGGAGACUGGGUCGUGCGUGAAGCACGCGAACGUGGUGGCCUACGUGGCGGCACAGACGAUGGCCGAUGAUAAGGACGAAGGUGAAGCGAAAUCUCGACCGUUGCUUCCGAUGGGGAGUGUGUAUGAAGGGGCUUUGUUUGUGUUGUUUGAGAUGGUAGUAUACAAGUUGGGUGAAACCUUGGGUGAGACUCCGGAAGCUGUCCGCUCUCGUCACACUAAUCUCGAAUGAGUGGAUGAUAGUCGUCUGAUGUGGUUCGUUGUGUGCGUGAUUGUCCAAUUGUAAUUGUGUUGGCAAAUUAAUAAAUAAUUAUUCAGAGGUUUUUGUCGUUUAUUUUUUUA